AGAAACUCACUUUGCGUGUGUAGUGUUUUAUUGUAACCCUUCCGCGAUCUAGUUCCUUGUGCGGAAUCCAGAUAAGUGGCCAAAAACACUCCUUUUUCUGAAGGUUGUGGACCGGACUACAACUAGAAUCAUGGCUAACAGGUUACCGGCAUGUGUUAUUGAUCCGGGGACAGGAUACUGCAAGUUAGGCUUUGCAGGAAACACUGAGCCUCAGUACAUCAUUCCCUCAGCCAUUGCGAUCAAAGAAUCAGCUAAAGUUGGAGAUCAAGCUUCUCGAAGAUUAGGGAAGGGUGUGGAAGAUCUGGAUUUCUUCAUUGGAGAUGAAGCCAUUGAUAAACCAAACUACGCUUGCAAGUAUCCUAUUCGUCAUGGAAUCGUUGAGGAUUGGGACUUGAUGGAGAGGUUUCUAGAACAAAGUAUUUUCAAAUAUCUGAGAGCAGAACCAGAAGACCAUUACUUCUUGCUGACGGAACCUCCCCUGAACACACCAGAGAACAGAGAGUACCUCGCUGAGAUCAUGUUUGAGUCUUUCAAUGUUCCAGGACUCUACAUUGCUGUACAAGCUGUGCUAGCCCUAGCAGCAUCCUGGACAUCAAGGCAGCAAGCAGAACGUUCUCUGACCGGUGUCGUGGUCGACAGUGGUGAUGGUGUGACUCACGUUAUACCUGUGGCUGAGGGUUACGUCAUCGGCAGCUGUAUCAAGCACAUUCCUAUCGCUGGUCGUGAUAUCACAUACUUCAUCCAGCAGCUUCUAAGAGAACGUGAACCAGGCAUACCUCCUGAACAGUCCUUAGAGACAGCCAAGGCAAUCAAGGAACGUUGGGGAUACAUCUGUCCAGACAUCGCCAAGGAGUUCACCAAGUACGACACCGAUCCAUCCAAAUGGAUCAAGAAGUUUGAUGGAGUCAACUCUAUCACCAAGCAGAAGUUCAGCGUUGACGUGGCCUACGAGAGAUUCCUGGGACCUGAGAUCUUCUUCCAUCCUGAGUUCUCCAACCCUGACUUCACCACCCCCAUCUCUGAGACGGUGGACAACGUGAUCCAGAACUGCCCCAUUGACGUCAGGAGACCACUCUAUAAGAACAUUGUUCUGUCUGGAGGCUCCACCAUGUUCCGUGACUUUGGCAGGAAGUUGAAGCGUGAUGUGCAGAGGAUUGUGGAUAAUCGUCUCAAGCUUAGUGAACAGCUCAGCGGAGGCAAACUCAAGCCCAAGCCCAUCGAGACUCAAGUCAUCACACAUCACAUGCAGCGAUACGCUGUUUGGUUUGGAGGCAGUAUGCUCGCAUCUACGCCGGAGUUCUACACUGCUUCUCAUACUAAGUCUGAUUAUGAUGAGAUUGGACCCAGCAUCUGUCGCCACAACCCUGUCUUUGGAGCCAUGGCAUAGAGGGCGACAAACAGAGAGAGAGACAGAAGUGAUGGGAGGUAGAGAGGAAAUAUAUAGAGAUUGUAAUGCUAUUGACAACCAUGGAAAGAUUAAAAUAAUCAACAUCAUCACUUUGAAAAUGUCUUGGUUUUUUGCCAAUAACAAGAUCACCACUUUAAAAGCAUCAUCAUUUUCAUAAUCGCUAUCUCAGUUAUCAUCAUCAACAUUUUCCCCUUUGUUUACCGUGCCCCCCCCCCCCCCCCCCCCCCCCAAUAAAUUCUGUAUCUAUCACAGAAUGUGAUAGACUAGUUUGAUGACCAAUCUGAGAUGAAAUGAAUCAUUUUUCAAUUCAAUUCAAAAUUAUUUCCACAAUCUGAUAACCAUGAAUGUAUGGUGAUGAUGGUGAUAUUGAGAAUAAGAUGAUGAUGACAGUGAUGAUGAUGAUUAGAAUUAAAGAGGAGAUAUUAUUCCAGUUUCUUAGCCAUGUCUUGAAUGCUUCCCUCUUGUGGCAGGUAGAAAGACAGGGAGCAACGUAGUGAUAUUUUAUAUUCAUGCAUAUGUAGAUGAUAUUCUCACCAACUUAUCUAUCAUUACCAAAUAAAGAUCAAGAUUAUUAGAAACUUACCAAGAUUGUGAUAAAAUUGUAUGGGAUAAGUUUGAAUUUUAAUUAUAAUGUAUGGAUUGGCUUUAUAUUUGGAUAUAGAUGUAUGUUACAAGCCACCUUGUUUUAUUUCAAAUUAUGCAUCAAUCUGUUCCUUCUACUGAUUAUUUUUUGUUGUAUAGUCUUAAUCAUUGUGGCAGUAUGUUGUAAAAAUCUAAAUAUGAUUUACCUUACUGUACAUGUGAUGAUUUUAUACAUUUUUUCUAAUGGAUAGAGCAUAUACGGUAGUUUAAUUCAUGAUGUAGCAUAAAAAACAUUGACUUUCACAAUUAGUUUGGAAUAAUGCUUGUGUACUUAGGUAAAUAUUUAAUCUGAAGUUUGUUAAAAUGUAUUUAUUCUUCAUUUGAAAGCAGCACAUUGAUUUAAUCCAGUAUCAAGCUGGCUAAAUAAUCUCUUUAAAAAGCACUUAAGUUUGAUGAACAACCAUUUGAUUUCCGAUACAAAAAUUCCUUGUGGUAGAAAGAGUUGUGUUGUAAGACAUGGUAUGUGAACUUUAUACAGGAAACUUCAUGUUGACUUUUACAAUCCAGGAUUUGAAUAAAGGCUACCGUAAUCCUGAAUGACAGAAACCAUUUUUUCUCCAGUUGUUAAGAAGGAAAGAGCAUCCAACAUGCUUUUAUUGAGAUGAAAGCUGGGGGAAAAAGUCCCAUUUAUUAUGACCACUCCAUAAAAACACCUCAAAAUAUGUACAGAUUUGUUUGGUUUUUGUUUGGAGGUUGAUAUUUUACCUACAUCCACGUUGUGUGUUACUAUGUAGUAUUAUAAGUAAAGAAUAGUUGUUCUGGUGGAAUAUUUGGUUAUGAAACUCAGGCAGCUUCUUCUUGCUUUUCUUUGGGAAAUUCAUCAUCAGUAGAUAGCCGAGUAUGCUUCCAAAGUAUUUGUUCUUUCUACGGUAUAUCAUGUGCAGCUUUUCUUUGAUGUCCCUCGUUAUAUGUAGGAAACGUAAAAAGUGCCUGAUUUUAGAGAAAAGGAAGGAGUUAAGAACAGCAUGGUUCAAUUUUUCUCAUGUAUUUACAUAAUCAUGAAUGUAGUUAAAAAUUGCUCAAACCUUUGAGGAAAAUAGUGCAUACCAUUUGUAAUGUCAUAACGAUCAUCUGCACUUGUAUUUGAUGAGCGGUAUUAGAAUGCAUUUGAGUAGUAUUCCUUGGAAUUAUUUUGCUAGGAAACAAAAAGACAACACCAUGCUUUAUCUCUACUAUUGUAUAGACAUUUGAAUAGAAUAUUUUGCAAAUUGAUACCAUGAAAAUGAUUUGGAUAUUGGACCAAGUCUAAUCAGUAUUGCAUGAUUGCCUAGUACUGGGUAAAGGUUACAUCAUCAAUUAUAGUUACUAUCGUCUUUCCCAAACCGAACCUAGUAGAGACAAAUCUUUUCUUCUGAGCUCCGUUAGAUGAAUGUCCAUCAUGAGGUUAAGAUAUCAUGUAACCAUUGAAGAGCCUUAACAAAACUUGUUAGAAUAUCCUUAUUGGUCAGUCACUGUUGCAUGUCUUUUAGUAUGAUAUAUCCACAAAUCAGGUCAUUUCCUUUGAUUUGAUGCAAAUUAAUAAAUACACUUUUAUUAUGCCUA